AUGUCAGACGCUGGGCAAUCCCUCGAAUGCAAAGUCGUGUCGCCCGCCCGCUUCCCGCUGGAUCCACGGUAUGUGCAGACGCGCGCGCCCAAGGUGGUUCCCUGGUAUCGCACGCGUCACGACGGACAUGGAAGAGGAUGCACGCAUCCUACAUCACGGAGUUUCCUUGAUCUACCAGACGAGGUGCUCUGGCGAGUAACACACUUCAUCGCAGAACCGAACAAAGGUCGCUACCUCUCGUCAUUUGCGCUCGCCAGCAGAGACUGCCGGCAGCUUGCCCGCCCGCAUCAAUUCGCGGACGUGUCCAUUGUCUGCUCCCAGUCGUCCGAGAACAUCGUGAGCCACAUUCUGCAGGAGGCCUCGCAGCAAAACCCCCAGGUCCAGCCCACCAUUGGGGCUUGCAUCCGAACCCUGCAUCUGGUCGUGAAUCGAUACUACGUACCGGCUGAAAGCUCGCCUGCUGACGAAUGGACUGAUGACGAGCUGGACGCACCUGAGCCGUAUGGCGGGUGGAACGAGGAUAGAUGGCAAAGCUUGAUCGACAAUCUUGCACAGGCCAUGGAGUGCUGCAUGUCAAACUUGAAUCGCCUAUACUGGGAUGACACAGGAGGCCUGACAGUGGUUUCUCGCCUCGUGCCAGCCCUCGUCUCCCGGCUGAAAACUUGCCCCAUGUUUCAAGAGCUCUGGUUCGACGACUAUCACUUAUUCUACGGUCUAGACGAGGUUCAUGGACGACCAGUCAUCCCCGGGGGCGUUUUCAGAGUUCGCUCUCUAGGCUUUGGACGCGACAAAGACGCGCGCAAGCGAUCAGGAAACAUGGAGCUGAUGGCCGAAACGGUACUUCGCAACUCUGCGUCCACCCUUGAGAGUCUCAUCUGGUCCCCCGAGUUUGAGGGGACUGUGGAGCACCCCGGCUUUUCGUUCCAGAACGGACCAAUACAGUUCCCGCGUCUGCGCAAGUUCUGGUCCAAACUUGAACUGUAUGACGGUAUCAAUAUAAGCCUGGACGCACUCGGGAACUUUUUGGUCGCGCCCCUCGAGUCCUUCGGUCCAUCGUCCAGCAUCUGCGAGAUUAUGCUGGAGAACGGACUGGAACGCAAGUACCCGCUCCCGAGCUUACGCACAUUUGCCAUUACGGAGGUAUAUACAUGUAUCCCGGACACCAGGAGCGUCCCUAGCACGUUGAGAUUGGCAGCCAAGUACGCUUCGCACAUCCGGGAGCUUUUUCUGCUCAGGACUGCUGAGGCACCACAUCUCGAAAAUCAUGUACGCUGUGAAAACUACGCCAACCUGAGGUCUUUGUGCUUCGUCUGGCCCGAGGAAGGCAAGCGUCUACUCGGCGCGAUCGGUUCGCAUCUCCCGACCUUGGAGGAGCUCGCGUUCAAUCUCGAACCGUGCGCCUCCAAGACCAAUGUCCUUUUCGUUUGGACUGGGAGCGGCCUUCGCCCCUGUCUCUCCCACACGGAGAUUGUCAAGAUGCUCUCGCCACUAAAGAAGCUGGCUCGACUGGCCAUCUUCGGCGACGAGUACAUCGCCGACUACUGCGGCCCGGAGUGGUCAUGGCAUUAUUUUUUCAAGGACUAUGUGUGGUUUCACCAGUGUCGGGGUGAUGUGGGUGCAACCAGAUAUCGUCAAAUUUUCCACCUUGGCCCUUCAUGUCCUGGGGAUGAGGUGGAGGAUUUUAACACCAGGUGGCUGGAGGAGAGCUUCAUUGAUUCUCACUUGCACUCGAAACCAGCUGAGCUUGCGACCCGCUAUGCGGAGGAGUUGCCAUCCUUGAGACAAUUUGUCAUAGGCAGAGUGUUGGUUGAGGUCAGUAGAACAGACAGCGGCGAAGAUAGCACUUAG